CCAGGCCACCUCCCGCAACCCCUUCCUAGCCUGUUUAUUUUGUACAGGUUUGUUUUGGCCGAGCGGGCGAUUCCUGCGUGUGCGCGACUGUGGGGCGGCCCCUAACCCCUCCCCGAGGAGGCGAGGCCUGUCCAGAGCCCGCCCGAUCCCUGGCUCCAACUCCUCUGGGCGGAGAAGGGAAAGAGGAAGGGGGAAGAGAGUGGGAGAGAGAGAGCGCAGGGAGAAAGAGGCCGCGGACAUUGCCAGGAGGAGGCGGGGAAACCGGCUGCGCCCGCGCCGGCCUCUCCCUGGCCGGCUGCAGGUGGAGUCUGCAGAGUUUGCCGAUUCCGCAGCCCCCCGCGCCGCAGCCGCAGCCGCAGCCGCAGCCGCAGCCGCCACCUUCCAGGCCCCGAGGGUGCUGGCGUGGGAGCACUCGGUGUUCGUCCGUGCCUCGCCGAUGGCUGAGGGCCGGCGGCGGGAGGACGAGGAGGAAGAGCUGCGUGAGCGCCGCGCCCGGGGCCGAGCGCUCCCGGGCCACCCGGCCGCAGAUUGCAACGAACGAAAUAAGCCAGAGCAUCGUUCUUCAAGCCAAGGACCCUUGUCAUCCAUUAGAGCAGUAAUCAAGAGAUCUUCUCGGACUUCUAUUCAGAGUGAGCUUCAUCGAGAUAGGAGGCGCCCCGAGAUCACCAUUGUGGCAGCUGAGCCGCUGAGGAGGGCCUCGUGGUUUCCAGGAGCCCCACCCUCAGGCCUGGGAUUUCCCCCGCCCUCUGCAGCAGGCUCUUGGAGGCCCAGUGAGCUGGUUCCUGCUGAGCUCCCACCGUCUUAUGAACAAGUCAUAAAAGAAAUCAACCAAGUUCAAAUUAAUACUACAAAUAAUAAUAAUGCUGCUGCCAGUCCAAGACACACCAUUACUUCUGCAACUCAGACCGACUUUUCAGAAGAAAUAGACAACCAUCUGCCUCAAACCCUACAGGCACCUCUCAAACCUCUUCAGCCUUCGCCAGCGGCCUCAGCCAAGGAUCCUGCAACAAAUGUGGCGCCUUUAAUAGUCUUUGACAUUUCUGAAGAACAGAAUUGUCCAGAAAACUCCAGUGCUACAAGAUGUCCAGUGCCAAAACCAAGAUCAAAAAGCAACCUCAGGCCAAUAGCCAGAGAUACCCACAUUAAAGAGCAGAAUCACCAGAGAAUCGGCCCAGCGGCCACGGAGGAGGAGCCAACCCCAAGCAGGCCCCUCUCCCUGUUGGACAGUACCGGCGACUUGUAUAGUCAGGCAGCAAUGAACAUGAUGAACACAGAGCAAAGCCAAAAUAGUGUUAUUUCAAGGAUCAAAGCAUUUGAUAGUCAGACAAAUCCAGGAACCUCAGGACUGCCCAAGAAACCAGAGAUUGCUCCGCGCACGCUACCCCCAAGGCCUGCUGUGUCCUCAGGGAAACCCUCAGUGGCUCCCAAACCAGCUGCUAACAGAGCUUCUGGAGACUUGGACUCCUGGAAUGAGAACAGACUCAAGGUGGCCUCUCGGGAAGGGCUCACCCCACACUUUCCACGGAAAGACGCAGGGAGCAUCCCAGUACCCAAACCUGAAUUGCCAAAGAAACCAAAUCCUGGCCUUAUACGAAACGUUAAUCCAGAGAUCCCGGGAGGCGGGCCCGUGGCUGAGAGCCCCGAUGGCGCGAAGAAAGUCCCAACCCCUGCUCCUCGGCCUUUGCUGCCGAGGAGAUCAGUCUCCUCAGAAAACCCCGCCGGGCCUGCAGCUUUGCUAAAACCAGCCACUGUUCCUCCCCGACUCUCGGCGGCGUCACAUGCCAAAGCAUUCAGGUCACUGGGCGAAGGACCCUCAGCCAACCCCCCGGCUCCAGGUCUGCAAAGCAAGCCUCUGGGGGACAUUGACCUCAUCAGUUUUGAUGAUGAUGUUUUACCCACCCCAUCUGGGAACCCGGUUGAAGACUCUGUUGGUUCUGAGAUUGUUCUGGAUCCCUUUCAGCUCCCCACAAAAACAGAACCAACAAAAGAAGGAGCCGUUCAACCAGCACUCACCAGGAAGCCCACUGUGAUUCGCAUUCCAGCCAAACCAGGAACAUGUUUACAUGAGGAUCCACAAAGCCCACCUCCUCUCCCCACUGAAAAGCCUAUUGGAAACACUUACAGUGCAGUAUCUGGAAAGCUCAGUAAUGUUGACAGAACUAGAAGCUUGGAAUCCGACCAUGCUGGUCAAACAGUAGGUUCUGUGCGAGGACCCCCAAGGCUGCCACCAAGACCUAUAAAUGGAAAAGUCAUACCAGCUCGACAGCCUCCUCCAAAGGGAGCCCCUGAGAGACCACCUCCCCCUAGAAUUUCUACAACCAAAACAUCAAAUAAAAAACUGCCUUUUAAUCGGUCUUCUUCUGACGUGGAUCUUCAGAAAAAACAAAGUAACUUGGUAUCCAGCUUCUCAAAAGCCAAGAGUCAGGUUUUCAAAAGUCAAAAUCCGGUGCUACCCCCUCGCCCUAAACCAGGACAUUCUCUCUACAAGAAAUACAUGCUGCCUGUGCCUCAUGGAAUUGCCAAUGAAGACAUUGUCUCGCAAAACCCCGGCGAACUCUCUUGUAAGCGUGGGGACGUACUCGUGAUGCUGAAGCAGGCAGAAAACAAUUACUUGGAAUGCCAAAAGGGAGAAGAUGCUGGCAGAGUUCACCUGUCUCAGAUGAAGAUUAUCACCCCACUUGAUGAACAUCUGAGAAGCAGAGCAAGCGAUCCAAGCCACGCGCUGGAGCCUGUUGACAGUAGCGUUCCUCAUGCUGUCGUUCUUCAUGAUUUUCCAGCAGAGCAAGUUGAUGAUUUGAACCUCACUUCUGGAGAAAUUAUUUAUCUUCUGGAAAAAAUAGGUGCAGAUUGGUACAGAGGGAAAUGCAGAAACCAGACUGGCAUAUUUCCUGCCAACUAUGUCAAAGUGAUUAUUGAUGUUCCAGACGGAGAAAAUGGGAAAACAGAAUCGGUUUCAUCUCACUGUAUUAAAGGUCCAAGAUGUGUGGCUCGAUUUGAAUAUAUUGGACACCAGAAUGAUGAGUUAAGUUUCUCGGAGGGAGAAACUAUUAUUCUUAAAGAGUAUGUGAAUGAAGAAUGGGCCAGAGGAGAACUUCGAGACAAAACGGGGGUUUUCCCCCUUCACUUUGUGGAGCUUAUUGAAGAACAUCCCACCUCUGGUACAAAUGUUUUAAGCAGAAAUGUAUCAUCAAAGACCAAAAAGGAAGAUUGUGGAGCAAAUUCUCAGGAUAACAGUCUUUCUGGAGAAUGGUGCGAAGCUCUUCACAGUUUUACGGCAGAGACCAGCGAUGACUUAUCCUUCCAGAGGGGAGACCAGAUCUUGAUCCUCGAGCGCCUGGACUCCGACUGGUACAAGGGCAGACUGCGUGACAGGGAGGGGAUCUUCCCAGCAGUCUUUGUGCGGCCCUGCCCAGUGGAGGCAAAAAGUAUGUCUGCUUUAGCACUGAAGGGGAGGAGAGCCAAGGCCUUAUAUGAUUUCCACGGGGAGAAUGAAGAUGAGCUUUCCUUCAAGGCUGGAGAUAUAAUAACAGAGCUGGAAUCUGUAGAUGAUGACUGGAUGAGUGGAGAACUAAUGGGAAAAUCUGGAAUAUUUCCCAAAAACUACGUUCAGAUUUUACAAGUUAGCUAAAGGUGAAGCUUGGCUGUGUUCUUUGGCACAAGAACUCACUUGAACUAUCACUAUGACUAUCAGAUACAUUUUUUGCACUAUUUUUUUAAACUGAAAGAAAUAUCUAUGCUGUACAUUGUACUCUAGAAUCUUCUGAAAGCAGAAAAUGUCUACAUUUCAUUGUUAGCUUUUAUUCACAGUAGAAACGUGCAUGAACAAGUAUCUACCAAGGACAACAUCAAGCAGGAUUAGAAGGCAGAUAAAUACUUCCCCCCAGGAAAUACAGGGAAGCUUACAAGCAAAAGUUGCACUUGGACUUCUGUUUUCAUCAGCAAAAGUAAAUUAACCAUGCUUCUUCAUUUUUUACUUUAGUUUAAAAAGAGGACGUUUGAUAUUCUACAUGCUGUAACUGUCAGGACAUGGUUAGUAAUCUAAAUUUCAUUUUUGAUGCUCAAAUUAACUCUAACAGCUUGAGCGCAUCAUCCUUAUUACCAGGGCAAAUCUUGCUUUAGGAGGGGGUAGUUCAUGACUAGUCAGAGCCUUUGUUAAGAGUAUGGUGAAUCAACUGAUGCUCACCAAACUGCUCCUGUGUUCAUGUUUCCCCUUUGCCCAAGGAUUUGAAGGGGGUUAAAAAUCCAUGUAUCUUAGUCAAAAGAACCAAAACCAUCCUGAGCUGCCUUGCUAAUAUGACUAACCUUUUCACAUACCUGCUGUACGUAUUUCUUUCCUCCAUGUAUACUUUAUGUUAACAGGGUUAUUAUAAAGCACAUUUUCUGAAUCUGCAAUCAUUCUUUUGACAAUUACUGGUACCCAAAGAAAAUUUCAUUUUCUUUGCGUUACCCCAGUAAUAUAUAAAAGCUGUGUUUUGUUGAAGUGGUACAUUAUGAAUCACAUAUAUCUCAGAAUACAGAGCAACUGUUAAGAUGGAAACAAUGCAAACUCCCACAUCUCAUUUCUUCCCAAUAUAAUCAGAACUGAAAAUAAUUUAAGAAGACUGAAGGCUGAUACUUUCUUGGGUUUUUCCCCCAGCUCAUCAAAAAAAACCCAAAAACAAAUAAUAAAAAAAAACACUUUCCUGCUGUAUCCAUUGUUAUGCAUGCCAGGCUUAAAAUAAAAGUGGUUCUUUAUAGAACUGAAUCAAUACAGUUUAUGGGCCAAAAAAGCCAAAUAGGUCAAAGACAAUCUUCCGAACAAAUCCAUGGAAUAGAAUUUCAUUGGAAAUGUAAAACUUUCCCAACAAUGUUCAUGACUUUCCUCUCUUUUUGAGAACAGUUUCAUGUACAGGGCCACAUUUUAGCUUUUAUUAUUGUUUCCCAUUGUCCCAAAAGUGAGGCAGCCAGUGGGGUUAUGUGAACACCACAUGGGGUUUGAUAAGGGAGGAUAUAUUUACUUAGUCUUUGAUUUAAAGGUCAUGUCUCAGUUAUAUGGUUAUAAUUGAUAUAGGGGCUGUUUUUUUUACAUGUUUUGUGUCAAGAAGACAGUAUAAAGAAAACUCUUGUCAAAUUUUACUCGAGUGAUUUCAUGAGAAAUGGAUGACUUAAAGCAUUAUCCCAACUAACGUCCCAUUUGCAGCAAGGUGUACAACAGGAAGCAGGGCGUGUGUCUGGAAUAGAACGAGGUAUAUUUCUUUGUAUAAUUUUAACAUCUUAUAUUGAAGAUCAUGAAAAUCCUAGCUUUAUUGGAGAAAAACAUCCCUCUUAAAUUUUGGCCUUUUGUCAGCAGAAUGAUAAGUGCAAUAGUUGUAAAUCUACUUGACACUGUAAUAAACUGAACCGAACUUUUCAAA